GUCCUCUCCAUUCUAGCUGCUCUAAGGCUUGUGGUGCUUUAACUAUUAAAUUAAAACAAAUACCACCAAUGGCAUUCUCUAGUCAAAGCUACCGUACCAGUACAAGCUCCAAUUUCCAGCCUACUGCACCCAGCAUAGGUGGUUCAACCUACAAGAAAGCAACUAUACGAAAAUAUCAGGCACCAAGUGUCUAUGGGGGAGCUGGUGGCUAUGGCACCCGCAUUUCCACCGGCACUAACUAUGCAGGAGUCUUGGGUAGCGGCUUUGGCAGUGGAUUUAAGCUUAGAACCAGCGGUAGUGACGUCCUACUUGCUGGAAAUGGGAAACUGACCAUGCAAAAUCUGAAUGAACGUUUGGCUUCCUAUCUGGAGAAAGUAAAUUUUCUAGAAAAGACUAACAUCGAGCUUGAAAAGAAGAUCAAGGAGUGGUAUGCAAAUAGCUCCUCAGCUAUAAGGCAUGACCACAGUCCAUAUUUUAAAACCAUUAAAGACCUCCAAAACCAGAUCGGUACUGCACAUCAGGAAAAUGCCCGGCUCAUCCUGGAGAUUGAUAAUACCAGGCUGGCAUGUGAUGACUUUAAAAUAAAGUAUGAGAGUGAGCUAGCAAUCAAGCAAAAUGUGGAAAAUGACCUUGCUGGACUACUUAGAGUCCUUGACGACAUGACCUUGUCAAGGGCAGAUUUAGAGCUACAGAUUGAAGGUGUGAAUGAAGAGCUGGCUUUCCUCAAGAAAAACCAUGAAGAGGAAGUCGGUCAACUGCGUAAACUGCUAGGUGGCACAGUUAAUGUAGAAGUGGAUGCUGCUCCAAGAAUUGAUCUUGCCAAGAUUAUGGACAACAUGAGAGAGCAAUAUGAAAGCAUGGCAGAAAAGAAUCGUCAAGAGGCCAAAGACCGCUUUGAUAAACUGACAGAAGAAGUGAACCAGGAAGUUGCUAUUAACAUUGAACAACUGCAAAACCAAAAAACGGAGAUCACAGAUCUGAGACGCAACUUCCAAGGCCUGGAGAUAGAACUUCAGUCCCAGCUUAGUAUGAAAAAGGCUUUAGAAGACACCCUGGCUCAAACUGAAGAACUUUAUGGUUCACGACUUGCCCAAAUACAGGCUGCCAUUGUCAAUGCUGAGGCACAGCUGAUGCAGCUUCGAGCUGAUAUGGAAAGCCAGAGUAGUGAGUACAAUAUUCUCCUGGACAUAAAGACCCGGCUGGAAACGGAGAUUGCCACAUACCGACGCUUACUGGAGGGAGAUGAUAGCGGACAUUCCCAAACAGAGAUAUCUGAGAUAGAAGAGACCCAGAGAGAAAUAAAUAAAAUUAGGAAGAUCAAGACAGUUGUUGAGGAGGUGGUUGAUGGCAAAGUUGUCUCCUCCGAAAUCAAAGAGAUUGAAGAGAAAAUAUGAGCAGCGUCAGCAAGGAGAUGCCUCAAAGAUUUGUAUGUUGGUGGAAAAAAGUACUUGAUUAAACUUCAACAGGAGUUGGAUUGGACUGUUUGUGGCUAUGUCUACACUGCAGAGUUUUAUCACCAAAUGUUAUACUGCUGUAAUUAAACCUCUGUUGCACGUUCACAGUAUGCUCCUCGUGUCAGCAGAGUAAAUCCAUACUAGAUAGCCAUCCCAUUGUGCAAAUGAGCAUAGGGCGUUUUGGAAAGGAUUUGCAAUGCCUCGUGAGGUAGGUACAUACAUUGUUGCAGGUUUCUCGAUUCCAUCGAUCCAUGGGCAUCCUACUAGAUUUUGCUAGCUGCUUUUCAACUAAAGUGUUGGUUGGAGUAGGGAGAACAUGUGACAAAAAGGGUAUGUAGGUGAGGGAGAGCGAGAGACAGAGCGUGUUGCAGGAUUGUACGUGUUAAGGGAGAGCGAGUGUGUUAGCCAGCUGUCUCUAAGUUCAGAAAGCAAUAAGGCCUGGAGCAGGGGAGGGGGGACAUGCCUGACAUCAGCCUCUGCCUCCCGCCCUGGCUCUGCACGGCACAGAAAUCUCUCAAGCACAUGCACAUCCAGCUCUGCCUGCCUGCCUGCCUCUAUUUUCCUAAUGCUGUCAGGACAUCCCCAGAGCUGUAAAAGGGGAGGGAUGCAUGUCUGAAGGGCUGCUGAGUUCCAAAUGGUGAAUAGUGGUCCAGGCAGGCAUUAUGGGAUACUGGAGUCAAUAUGGCAAUAUAGCAAUCUUCAUCUUCUACAUUGAUGUACUGUUGCAUUAAGUUUGCCACAAAAAGCUUUAUGCCUCUCAUCAAGGUGGUUUCAUUUUGCUGCCAAAACUGAAAAGUUUUGUCAGCAAAAAUGGAAUUUCAAUGUAUGCACCUCCACAGUUUCAUUACCAAAAGCUGCCUUUUUGGCACCAAAACUCUAUAUUGUAGAAACCUCCACAUAAGUCCAAUGGUAGACUUUCUAUUUACUUCAAUGGUACUUGAAUCAAGCUGAAAGAUAAUCUGGGAGUUUUCGACUGGGAAACAACGUGCUUUAUCCUCAUUUUUGACCAUUAAUCAAAAUUGCUUUGCAUCAUUAAAUUACAAGACACAAAUAUCUUUAAAAGCUCUUUACUUACAUGGUGGGUUGAUUACAAAAUGAGGGCCAUUCAGUGAGAGAAUAUUGUAUGUAGACAAAGUGAAUGCCGUUCUAUUAUAAAUCCAUAAUUAUUUCUAUAUAUCUUAACUAUGGUACCUAUAAUUAUAGCAAUUACUAUGGAUUUCCAAAAAUAAUUAAAAAAUAAUGUUCAGUAAUAUGCAAUUAUGAUGUAGUUCUAAGUUUAUGAAAAAGCUUAAUUAUGGUGAUCAUACAAGUAAGUACAAAAGAUUUAGCAUGAUAUCUGUGCCGUGUACUUUAAUGUUAUUGAAACUUAAAUUAUCAAUAUUACUUCCAUUGUACUUCUGGUAAUA